GGCAGAUCAGCAUCAGAUCAUUCAGACUGUGUCGGUGUGUUUGACUCUCGGGUUUUUUAUUCCAACCCACCUUUAGAUGUGUCACUCUGUGUAAGAUUCCACAGCUGAAAAGAGAAAGAGGACGAGAGUGAAAGCGUGCUCCCAGCCAAUCAGGAUGGAGGGCGAGGAAGACGGGGCGGGGCGAGUCAGAGAGCUCCAGGAGCAGAGGAUGGCGGUCCAGAAGAAAACCUUCACCAAAUGGAUGAACAGUGUCUUCUCCAAGAGCGGGGAGAAGAUGCAGCUGAUUGACGUCUACACGGAGCUGAAGACCGGAGUCGUUCUGAUUCGUCUGCUGGAGCUCAUUUCCUCAACAAAGCUGCCUCCGCCCAGCCGCCCCAAACUGAGAGUCCACUAUCUGGAGAAUAACAGCAUCGCCAUCAACUUCCUCAAAACCAAGAUUCGGGUGGAUCUGAUUGGUCCAGAGAAUGUGGUAGAUGGGGAUCGUACACUGAUCCUGGGUCUGCUGUGGAUCAUCAUCCUCAGGUUCCAGAUCGGACAGAUCAACCUGCCUGAGGGAGAUGGAGCCAGCAUGGCUCAUCGCUCAGCGAAGGAGGCUCUGCUGAUCUGGUGUCAGAGGAAAACGUCAGGUUAUGACGGCGUGGCCGUGCAGGACUUCUCGUCCAGCUGGAGGGACGGACUCGCCUUCAACGCCCUCAUCCAUGCACACCGGCCUGACCUCUUUCAUUACCGCCAUCUCCGUGCUGAUGACCCCCGUCAUAACCUGGAACACGCCUUUUCUCUGGCGGAGCAGGAGUUUGGGAUCAUGCAGCUGUUGGAGGUGGAGGACAUGGUGGUCCCUCAUCCGGACGAGAAGUCCAUCAUGACCUACGUGUCCCUGUACUACCACUACUUCUCCAAGAUGAAGCAGGGACAGACCAUCCAGAAGAGACUCGCUAAGAUAGUUGGGAUGCUGAUGGAGCUGGACAACAUGAAGAUCCAGUAUGAGAGACUGGUCUCAGAUUUGCUUCACUGGAUCAAAACCAAGGUGGUGCAGCUGAAUGACAGACGAUUCCCAAACUCUGUGAGGGAGACGCAGAAGCUCAUGGUGGCCUUCAAGACCUACAGAACUGUGGAGAAACCUCCCAAAUAUCAGGAGCGCGGGGUGAUUGAAGCUCAUCUGUUCAGCCUGAAGACUCAGCUGGCAGCCAACAACCAAUGGGCUUACAGUCCUCCUGAGGGUAAAACCCUGAGUGACAUAGAGAAGAGCUGGGUUCUGUUGGAGAGAGCUGAACAUGAGCGAGAGCGAGCCCUGCAGGAGGCGCUGCUCCGCCUGGAGAACCUGGAGCAGCUCGCCCAGAACUUUGAGAGGAAGGCAGCACUGAGGGACGGGUAUCUGGAGGACACGCUGCGUCUGAUCCGGAGGCAGGACGUCCGAGGCCUCUCCGUCCUGGAGGAGGCUCAGGCAGCUGGCCGGCGUCUCGAGGCUCUGGCCACUGACGCUCUGGCCAGAGAGCCACGCUUCAGCGCCCUGAGAGAUAUGGCCAAGACCAUCGAGAGAGGAAACUACCACAGCAAGGAGCAGAUCAUCAGGAGAGAGAAGAACAUCAGUCAUCAAUGGCAGGACCUGCUGCAGCAGCUCCAAGAGCAGAGGGGGCUGCUGGGAAACAUAGUUGAAAAUCUCAGUGUCCUGCGAGACAUCGAGCUCGUCUCCCAGGAACUGAAAGAACUGCAGUCCCAGGCCAGCUCCUCUGAACUGGGCAAACAGCUGGCCGAGGUGGAGUCUCUCCUUCAGAAGCAGGAUCUGCUGGAGGCUCAAAUCUCAGCUCACGGUGAAGCCAUCGUUGCCAUCAGCAGCAGAGCACUGAAGGUGAAAGUGAGAGACGGUCAGCAGAUUCAGAGCAGAGUGAGAGCUCUUGACACUCAGUACAAAUCUCUGGUGUCCCUCAGCAGCAACAGGAAGAGACAGUUGGAGGCUCAGCUCAGGUUGUUUGAAUUCUUCUACGACUGUGAGGAGUUGGAGGCCUGGCUGUAUGAACGUUGGGUGAGGCUGCAGACGUCGGGACUUGGACGAGACCUGAACCACAUCCAGCAGAGCCAACACAAACACAAGCUUCUGGAGGCGGAGCUGCAGGCCCAGGAGUCUCUGUACCAGGAGGUUCUGGCUCGAGGUCAGGAUCUGUUGUCCAAACAGAGUCAGCUCAGCCAGCGAGCCAUCCAGAAGUGGAUCCGCACCCUGAAGAAGCAGUGGAGCCACCUGAGCGCUGAGGCGACGGGGCGCCAUGACAGACUGCAGGCCGCCGCAGCCAUAAAGCAGUACUUUGCAGAUGUGGCGGAGGCCGACUCCUGGCUGGGCGACAGGAAACCGCUGCUGACCAGUGAGGAUCAUGGGAAGGAUGAAUCAAGCACGCUGGCAUUGCUGCAGCGCCAUCUGUGGCUGGAGAAGGAAAUGGCGGCUUACGCCUCGGAGAUAAAGAGGCUGUCAGAGCAGGCGAGGAGCGUGGCGCAGCUGACGUCUCUGACCGUGGAGCCUCAGCAGAGCAAGAUGAUCCAAUACAGCGACUCCUCUGGAGAGGAAGAGGAGCCAGGAGCGGUGACAUCACCACCACCUCGCUGUACGUCUCAGAGCGAGGACAGGAGGGCUAAGAUCUGCUUCAGGUACAGCAGAGGUCAGUUUCAAUGGGAUCGUAAUGAGACUGUAACCAUCAUCAGCACUGAGCCAGAUGGAGAGCGAGUUCUGGCGAGAGACGGCCGAGGAAACCAGCAGCUCAUCCCCAAAACCUACCUGAGCCUGCAGCCGGCUGCUGCUCCCCCUCCCACCUCCACCUCCACCAACAGCGUGCAGGAAAGCCCAGGCAGGAAGUUGAGUCGUCCGAGGCGCAGCCGCUCGAUGCGCCGUGGCACCGCUGAGAUCCAGACAACAUGGCUGCCAGACCCGCAGUACCAGAGAGACACUGUGGAGAGCACGCAGGCUGGCCUGGAGCAGCACUACAACUCCCUGUACAGCCUGGUCAAGUCAAAGAGGAGGAGUCUGGACGAGGUGUUACGUCUGCAUCGGUUCUACAACAGCUGCCAGGAGUUUGAGUCGUGGAUGGAAGACAAGGAGAACGUCCUGAACACAUUCAGCUCUGACACCGACAACCUGGGAGUGGUUCAGGCCAAAUACGAGAACUUUCUGACUGAAUUGGUGGGUGGGCGUGGCCAGCUGGAUGACAUCAUCAGAAUGGCGGAGGAGCUGGUGAAGACUCGACACAGUAAACAGAGAGAGAUCCAGGCCAGACAGAGGAGCGUUUCCAACAGGUGGGACCGUAUUCAACUGCUGAAGGAUGAGAAAGGACACGAGCUGCUGAGCACAGCAGAUGUGAAGUCCUUCCUGCAGAGCUGCGAAGAGGCCAGAGCUCAGCUGCAGGAUCAGCUGUCCCAGCUGCACACCGUGGACGUGGGCUGCAGCUCCUUCACCCUGCUGGCUGAAGAGAAGAACCAGGCUCAGGUCCUCAGAGACAUCCAGGCCCUGGAGGGCAAGAUCGCCUACCUGAAGAGUGCUGCCAAGAUGAAGCAGGACUGCAGUCCAGCAGAGAGCGCGGCCAUCUCUGAGGAGGUUCGAGGUCUGGAGGCUUUGCUGAAGCAGUUGAAACGUCAGGCAGCCGACAGACAGCAGCUCCUUCAGGAGGCGCGCAGGCUGCACAGCUUCCAGCAGCAGGCAAAGGAGCUGCAGCAUUGGGCCUCCUCGAUCCAGGAGCGCCUCCUGCAGGAGGAGACGGCCACUGAUUUGGCCUCAGCUGUGGUCCUGCUACACCAACACCAGGAGCUCCAGCUGGAGAUGGAGGAACAGAGGAGCAGGUUGAAGGACAUGGAGAAGUUGGGAAAAUCUCUUCUGAAAGGCUUGUCCAAUGGGAGGACAGGGGGUGUGGACAUCCAGCAAACCCUGGACAAUCUCAGUGCUGAUUGGUCCAAACUUGACAAGUUAUGGACCAGUCAGAAGGAACGUUUGGAGCAGGGGGUGCAGCUUCAGAGGCUGAACCAGGAAGGAGACCGGAUCGAGGCAGCGCUGUCAGGACACGAAGCCCGACUGAGGGUCAAAGACGUGGGGGACUCGGUGGACAGUGUCCACAGUCUGCUGGGCCGACAAGAGGAGCUGGAAGGUCUCCUGAAGGCUUUGGACCAACGAGUCAGUCAUUUUGCUGAACGCAGCCAGGAGCUCAUCAACCAGCAACACUACGCUGCCAAAUACAUCAAGGAGAGGAGCAGGAGCAUCCAGAAGGCCAACAGGAAGCUGAAAGAGAGCAGCGGGCAGAGGAGGAUUCUGCUGCUGGCCUCAAAGAAAUACCAGAAGUUCCAGAGAGAUUCAGACGAGCUCCUGCUGUGGAUGGAGGAGAAGUUUAAGGUGGCAGAGGACGAGUCAUACCGAGACCCCACCAACAUCCUCCCAAAGCUGAAGAGACACGAGGCUGCUGAAAGGGAGAUGAAGGCUAACCAGGUCUGGCUGGACAGACUGGUUCAGCUGGGGCAGGAGAUGCUUGCUGAAGAGCACUACAGCAGUCAGAGCAUCAGGAGGAAGUCCACUCAGCUCAGCAGCCGCUGGAGGAACCUUCAGGACAAGAUGGCCGAUAGAGGAGACAAACUGAGACAAGCAGGACAGCAGGAGCAGCUGAUGGAGCUGCUGCAGGAUGCCAAGCUGAAGAUUGAGGCCAUCCAGUGGAUGCUGAACAACACUGCCAAAGGCCAUGACCUCCGGUCCAGCCGGCAGCUUCUGAAGGAGCAUCAGCAGCUCGAGCAGGAGGCCAAGGAGCUGGCAGAGAAGAUCAACUCCAUCGUCAGCAGGGCCAAGCACCUCGCCUCCAAUCACUUUGACUCCCAGAGGAUCCUCCAGGAGACCGACACUUACCUUAAUCUGUUCAAGUCUCUCCAGAAGCCUCUGGACCGGCGGCGAGCUCAGCUGGAGGCGUCAGUGUUGCUGUUUGGGUUUUAUCAUGAUGUGGACCUGGAGCUCAGUUGGAUCUCUGAACAUGUUCCCACCUCUGGAUCCACGGGAUAUGACAAGUCUCUGGCUGGAGCCAUCAGCCUCAUGCAAAAACACAAGGAGUUGCAGGCAGAACUGACCGCUCACCAAAAAUACCUGGGCCACGUCCUGGAGAAGGGGCGGAGCCUGGCCAAAUCCAGCAAAUCGGAAGGAGACCAAGUGCUUCAGAGGUGCAGGCACCUGAGUGCAGAAUGGGAGGAGCUAGAGGAGGCAUGCAACAGGAGAGCAGCACACCUGAGCAAGGCCAUCACCAGAGAACAGCUACUGUUGGACUGCUCAGAGCUGGAGUCCAGGCUGACUGAGACACUCAGUCUGGUGAACACUGACGAUUGUGGCAAAGACCAGCUGGCCACACAGAGUCUCAUGACCAAACACCAGGUGGUGGAGGGCCAGCUGGAGGUGCUGGAAGUAGAGGUGAAGGAGCUGGGAGACCAGGUAGAGCAGGCGCUUCAGAACUGGAGCCUGGGGGAGCUCAGCAGACCCUACAGCCGUCUCAGCAGUCUGAACCAGCAGCUGCAGCACCAGGCUGCCCUCAGGGGUCAGAGGUUAAAGGAGGUCUUCCAUCUGCACGAGUUCAGACGAGAGUCAUCAGAGUUGGAGGACUGGAUAAACCAGCAGAGACAGACAGCAGAGUCUCAGGAUCUGGGCAACGACUACCAACACGUUCAGUUGCUUCGUGGGAAGUUUGAAGGCUUCCUGAAGCAGCUGGAAGUGGGACAGGAGAGACUACAGAGCUGCGGCGACCUGGCAGCUCGCCUGAUCGGCAGCAAACAUCCACAGAGCUCUGCAGUCAGGGACACACUGCAGCAGCUCAGUGCAUGCUGGGUUGAUUUGAAGGAUGCGGCAAGGGAGCGUCAAGAUCAGCUGCAGAGAGCUGAGGAAUGUCACCGCUUUUACCAAGACCUGACUGACGCGCUGACUCUCAUCCGGGAGCGACAGAAGGGCAUCCCUGAUGACGUGGCGAAGGAUUUGCGAGGAGUGACGUCACAGCUGAGGAAACAUGAGGCUCUGCUCCAUGAGCUGGCUGCCACAGAGCAGCAGUUACAGGAGCAGCUGGAUGCCAUUGACUCCAUCCUGGACCUCUGCAUGCCUCAGCUGAAGCUCCGCCUUGAGGAGGUGCAGCAGGAAGUAGUUGAGCGGUGGGAGGAGCUCCGACGCCACGCCGAGCGGAGGGAGGAGGAGCUAAAACUGGCGUGCCAGAGACACCUGUUUCUCAACACGGCGCAGGAUUACUUCCUGUGGUGCAGCCAGCUGAUUGGUGCGAUGUCAGCUGAGGAGAGCAUCAGCGAUGUGGCGACUGCAGACAUCCAGCUGGCCCAGCAUCAGCAGCUGUGGGCCGAGAUGGAAGCCCGACAGGAAACCUACCAACAAGCUGUGGACAUGGGAGAGGAGCUGCAGACGCAGGACAGGACCAACAGGAAGGAGGUGCUGGAGAAGCUGGAGGCCCUGCAGGCAGAGAGAGACAGACUGGAGGAACAAUGGAACAAGAAACAAGUCUGGUUAGAAACCAUUCACCUGGAGCAGUGUUUCUACAGAGACGUUAACAGCAUGGACAAAAUGUCCAGCUCGCAGGAGAUCCUGCUGCAGAACAGCACGUUGGGAAACACAGUUGAUGAAACCGAGGGUUUGAUCAAACGCCACGAAGCCUUUGAGAAGCUGCUCAGCUCACAGGAGGACAAGCUGUCGUCUCUGAGGGAGCUGGCCGAGCGACUGAAGAAGCAGCUGAGCAGAGAGAGGAGUGGACAUGUCCAGUCCAAACUCAAGGUCCUCCACCAGCAGCGUGAAAAGAUCAAGAAGCUGUCCGUCAAGCGCAGGGAGGAGCUGGAGCUUUCCAGGAUGCUAUGUAUCUUUAACAGAGACGUUGGCGAGGCUGAGGAGUGGGUGUCCGAGCGGAUGCAGAAGAUGGCAGAGGACGAUAAAGCUGACCUCAGCAAUCUGCAGGCCAAGAUGAAGCUUCUCCAGAAGCAUCAGGUGUUUGAGGCUGAGAUCCUGGCUCACAGUGAGAUCAUCAGAUCUGUACUAAUGACCGGGGAGGAACUCGUCUCUCUUCACCAUUCGAGGUCCAAGGAGGUGAAGAAGAGAGCAGCCACCCUCAGGCUCCACUGGGAGGAGCUGAAGAAGGCCAUGGCCACCCGAGGGAAAGCUCUGGAAGACAACAGAGACUUCCUAGAGUUCCUGCAGAAAGUCGAAGAAGUGGAGGCCUGGAUUAGACACAAGGAGGUCAUGAUUAAUGUUGGAGAUGUUGGGAAGGAUUAUGAACAUGGUGUUCAGCUGCUGAAGAAACUUGGCGAGUUCAGAGGAACUGGAGAUGGGGACGUGACGGUGGACGGCGCUCACAUCACAGCCAUCAACAGACUGGCAGCCAGACUGGAGAAGAGACAGAGCGCUGACGAACUGGUUACUGUUCGACAGAGGAGACAGCAGCUCAACGACAGGUGGAGUAAGUUUCAUGGAGAUCUCAACAAUUACAAGAAGAAGCUGGAAGGGGCGCUCGUGGUCCAUGCCCUCAUCAGAGAGCUGGAGGAGGUUAGAGACAGAGCCAAUGAGAAGAUGCUGCUGCAGGGUCAAGACUGUGGUUUCGAUGUUGACAGUGUAGAGAACCUUAUCAGACGUCAUGAGGAAACUGAGAGAGAAGCGGGACUCAUCCAGGAGAGGUCAAAGGCCCUGGAGAAAGAAGUCACUGAUCACCUGAAGGCUCGCUCAGUGAUGAGCGACAAGCUGAAAAACAAACAGAAGGAGGUUCAGAAAGCUCUGAAGACUCUGGACAAGGAGGUGAAACUCAGGAGGGAGAAGCUGCAGGAGGCCCACCAGCUGCAGCUGUUCAAAGCCAACCAGCGCCUCCUGCUGGAGUGGAGCGUCAAACAGAGCAGUGAGAUGGCAGAGAAAGGCCUUCCCAAGACCAGAGCCGAGGCCGACCAGCUUAUUGUCGAGCAUCAGGACUGGAAGACAGAGAUCGACGCGCGUGCUGAGCGCAUUGACUCUGUUCGGGACUUUGGUUUGGGUCUGAUCCGGUCGGGUCACAGCUCGAAGGUAGAGAUCCAAAAGGCCCUGGACCAGCUGGAGGAAGCCAAAUCCGGACUAGACCAAGCUUGGCUGAACCGUGGCACAACCCUGGAGCAGGCCAGAACCCUGCAGCUCUUCCUGGCCUCUGUGGAGCAGUGUGACAGCUGGCUCAGUAACAAGGAGGCCUUCCUAUCCAGUCAGGACUUGGGGAGCUCGGUGACGGAGGUGGAGACUCUGCAGAGGAAGCAGGCUCAGUUUGAGGAGGCUCUGGAGGCUCAGGUGGAGCAGCUGGGUGAGGUGGAGGAACUGGCCCAGAAGAUGAUCCAACAGAAGCACUACGACUCCGACAACAUCAGAGCCAAGAGCAGAGCGCUUGCUUCCAGGCUGGGCCAGCUGCAGCAGUGGAGCAAAUCUCGUCACAAAGCUUUGGAUCAGUCACUGCAGUUGCAGCAGUUUUUGUCCAGCAGCUACCAGGUGUGUGUGUGGCUGAACGAGCACAACGCUGUAGCGUUGGAUGAGAGCUGGAGGGAACCCACCAACCUUCAGGCCAAAGUGCUGAAGCAUCAGAGCUUCAAAGCAGAGAUUCUCGCUAACCGCUACAGAGUGGACUCACUCACCAAGGAAGGAGAGAAGCUGCUGUCUGAGUGUCGCUCGGCUGAAGUGAAGGUUCGACCUCGACUCAGAGAGCUGGCCGACAACUGGGACGCUCUGAUCUGCAACUGUGAGGAGAAGAAAACCAGACUGCAUGAGGCCUACCAGGCGCUGCAGUUCCAGCGUUCGCUGGACGACGUGGAGCAGUGCGUGGAGUCGGUGCAAAGGGAACUGGCCAAUGAGGACUGUGGAAGCGACCUGCCGUCCAUCAACAGGCUGCUGAAGGCUCUGCAGGGCCUGGAGGAGGAGGUGGACGGACACAGAGACAGAAUCCAGGGUCUGGUGGAAACGGCGAAGAGCUUCCAUUCUCAGGGAAACUUCCUGGCUGAGGAGAUCCAGAUGAGAGUGGCACACACCAUCAACAGGUACAACAACCUGUCAGAGCCUCUGCAGAGUCGGAGGGAAACCCUGGAGGCCUGGCAGGUUCUGUUCCAGUUCUACAGAGACAUAGAGGAGGAGGUGGCCUGGCUGAGCGAUAGACUGCCCUCCGUCACUGCUAAAGACUGUGGCAUCUCCCUGAGCAGCAGCCAGCAGCUCCUGCACAAACACCAGGCUGUGAUGCAGGAGAUCUCAAGCCGCACCCCAUUGGUCCAGGCUGUUCAGGAGGCGGGGCAUAGUCUGGUCAGAGGGCGCCACUUUGCGUCUCACGACAUCCAAGAGCGUCUGGAGGAGUUAAAGAGUCUCCAUGAGGAGCUGAUGAUGGAGGCACAGCAGAAGGGGAAACUCCUUAAAGAGGCGCUGAGCAUCCACACCUUCCUCACUGAGGUGUCUGAGCUGGAGAUGUGGUUGGAGGAGCAACGAGCAGGUUUGGAAUCUCGGGACUGUGGGAGGAGCGAGGAGGGAACGGAGGCUCUGCUGAGGAGGCUCGACUCUGUGGACGUGGAGCUGGAGAACCAGAGGAGGACGCUGGAGAGGCUUCAGGAGAGCGGAGCCUCAUUGGAGCACCUGGGACAUCCCAACAGCCACCUGGUCACUGAGUGUCUCCCACAUGUCCUCGAACACUUUGAGUGUCUUGUCCGACUGUCCUCCACUCGACGUGCUGCUCUGGAGGACCAACUCCGCUUCUACGUGUUUGAGAGAGAAGCCAAUGAACUACAAACAUGGUUGAGCUCCAGGAAGGCUGUGGCAGAGUCCAAGGACUGCGGACAAGACCUGGAGGGGGUAGAGGUUCUUCAGAAAAAGUUGGAGGUUCUGGUGUCAGAGAUAUCCGGUCUUGGCCGGAGUCGGCUGACCUUGGUGCAGCAGCUCAGCAGAGGGCUGCAGCAGAACAGCCAGGCCCGGAGGAGGGACGAUGCCCUCAGCGGGCUGUGGGACGAGCUCAACAGCAGCAUCACGACCAGAGAACAGAGUCUGCAGUCAGCCAAAAAGAUUCAUCAGUUUCAUCACGAUGUGGACGAGCUGAAGGGCUGGAUGGCUGAGAAGGAGGCUGUGCUGGACUCAGAGGACCAGGACCUGCACUCCAUCCAGACUCUGCUCAGACAACACGAGGCACUGGAGAGGGACCUGGUUCUGAUAUCUGAGGAGGUGGCCAGGAACCGAGAGGAGGGCUGGGCUCUGAGCAGACGACAGCCUCAGGCCAGAGCCGCUGUGACUCAGAAGCUGGAGGAGCUGGAGGCCUGUUGGACCAACGUCCAGAACAAGGCGUCCCAGCGCCGUGGCAGACUGGGCCAGGCUGAAGACAUGCAGAAAUACUUAGCCCAGUGGACUGAGCUCAUGGCCUGGCUGAAGGAGAUGCUGUCUCUAGUACGAGGGGAGGCACUGAGUGUGGAGGGAGCUGACCUGGAACAGCUCAUUAAAAAGCAUGAUGAGUACCAUGUCCAGAUUGACAGGCAGCUUUGCAAAUCGCAGGCUGUGAAAGGGGAAGGAAGGCGCCUGAUUGAGGAAGGAAACUUCAUGUCCCAAGAGGUGGAGGAACGUGUCUGUGAGCUGGAGGAGCUGGAGGAGCGAGUGGAGAAGCUUUGGGAGGAAACCAGGAUCCUGUAUGAAGAGGAGCUGGAGAUUUUAAUUCUGCAGAGGGAACUGGAGCAGGCAGAGCGCUGGCUCAGCUCCUAUGAACAAACACUGAUGGCUGAGGACUACGGGGACUCUGUGUCUGAUGUUAUGGAGCUCCUGAAGAGGCAGGAGGACUUGGAGGCCAUGAUCCAGGCCCAGAGCGACCGCUUCAUGGCACUACAGAAGAAGAAAACACAGAGGGAGAAGAGACUGGGUCUCCAUGGAAACGAGAACAUGGACCCCGAGGACAGAAAGCCUACAGCAAGAGUUUCAUCCCUGAGGAGGAAACUGUCUGAUGCGAAGAGCCCACAGAUGUCUUCCUCCAGAGACAUCUUCCGUCGAGUCAGCAUCGGCAGGACAGACAGAACCCUCAGAUCGACCACACUGGACAUGAAAACCAGUCUCGCUGCCUCUGGUCGCACCUCACCUGGCCCGUCUGCCCACCCUGACUCGAAGAGACACUUCAGUGUCGGAAGACAAGAAGAGGCCAUCAGUCCUUCUGCUAGUCCCAACUCCAGCCCAACUGUGAGAGCGUGGAGAAGUCGUGGCACUCCUCACAGAUCAUCAGCUGACUCGUCCUCUCCAAAAUGUCUUCAGUCACCUCCCCCACCCUCCCCCAAACCUCGAUCUACCCCUCAAACCUCCGUCCCUCCUUCAUCUAAGGAGACUCCUGGGGAAAACCAUCGUCCCAGAUCCAAACCUCCUCUAGCUCCAAAGCCCAGACUGUCCUCUACAGAGUGGACGUCCAGACGCCAACUGGAGAAGCCCACCACACCACCUGACUCACCUCCACUAAUCAGAGCGCUUGUUGCUCCCACUGAACCGCCGCCUCCACCUGUCACAAAAAGAUCCUCUGCUCCUGAAUCACCACCGCUUUCAGUGAGCAAAGAGCUCCACGACCUGGACCUUCCUGAUUCUCCACCUGCUGCCAAACAGGUUACACCACCUGACUCCCCGUCUGCUGCACCAAUCACAGAGGAGCACUCUGAAUCAGCUGACCUUGCUUCUGCAACAAGAGAGCUGCCUGCGUCUCCUCCACAGCGACAGAGGAAGUUGGAAGACGUACCAGAGGAAGAAGCCAGCUUCAGCAGCUCCACGCCGGAGGUAACAGCAGUGCAGCCAAUCAGAAUGGAGGGAACUCUGGAGAUCAAGCUAAAACAAGGAGGAAACAAGGGGGUGGAGCACUGGGAGGAGGUGUUUGCUGUUCUGGAAGGAGAGACGCUCGGCCUGUUUACAGACAGAGCAGCCGCUGCACAGAGGACCUUUAGGUGGCCUCCUAUCAGCAUGGUGGGAGCUGUUUGCAGGGAGAACGUUCACUACCGGAGGAAGGAGCACACCAUCAAAGUGAUACUGCAGGACGGCAGUCAGUAUGUGUUCGCAGCAUCCAGCAGAGACCUGCAGCUGCUGUGGGUGAAGAGGCUCCAGAACAGACCUGAAUCUUCUAGCACUGACUCGGACGACUCGGGGAGAGCAUCUUCAGUCAACCUGAGUCUGGAGAAGCUGGCCGAGGCUCCGGAUGAUUCGACCAAGCCGCCGGACGGGAGAACCAAGAGCCUGCAGAGACAGUCAUCAGCAGAGGGGCAACCUCCACCCAAACCUCCCCACACCUACUACAACAAGCACCGCUACCCCGAGGAGGGCGAGUUCAGGAGCACAGACACACGCAGCGUUCAGAACCAGCUCCCAUCUGUGCCUCCUCCUCCUCCACCCGACACCCACGACCCCCCUGCUGCAACCCCCCAGGUGACGGACGACAACACGAGCAAAGAAAAGUCGAGGAUGAACGUCUUCAGGAAGCUUUUCGCUAAGAAGUAGAGUUUGAUUGACUGUUGCCUGACGCCAGCAGUCAUCAGAAAGGCUUUCAGCUUGGGACUGAGCAGCUUCUGAAACACUGGACUCUGGGCUAAGUGCAGCGUGAAAAGCCCUCAUUGGGUUUUCUUUGGACGGGACCAGGAUCAGUAAAUACUGACACGCAGUUACUCUGUGCGAUUUACAAACUAACUGCUGGUGGAAGCUGAUUGGUCCUCUGGCCAAACAUCUGCUGACGCACGGCUCUGACAACUCGAAGACCUUUAUUUGUCCAGAAAUGAAUUGAGACCUGAAAUCUCAGUCUGUUCCAGGUCAGUGAAUCAGAGCGACAGACUCGUGUUAAUAUUCUCACCGCCUCAAACGAGAACCUGCUCGUGUGUCUGAAGUGACUUCAUCUCCAAAAUCUGAUCUUUACCUUUUGAAAAGUGACUCUCGCUCAUUGAAACUGAUUUACAGCAAGUGAAUCCAAACAGAUUUGUCACAGUGAGGAGCAGAAGAGGAUGAAACACCAGCAGAGAUGAUUUUAAAAGAUGAACUUUGCUUAAUGAUUUGGUGUUUUUGGAAAUGAACUCCAUUUAUUUAUUAAUGAGCAACAAAUCCAAACAACUUGAGACUCAUCCUCUCCUCCAUUCAAUCAGAUCAAUAAGUCAAUCAUUAAAAAUAAUGAGUCGCAUUAACACUUUUGAGAGCGAUCGGGAGUUGAAACACUUCUUCAGUUUGGGAAAUUAAAGUCAAUUGAAGUGUUUGAGUGAGAGCCAUUCAGACGACCUGAAUCACAAACACGUGACGUAACUCCUUCACGUGUCUGUUGGUGCACGUCGCAUCAGGACAAUGUUGUUUACAUUCAGCCUUUCAAAUUAAAGCGUUUCGUGUUUUUCUGUUAACUAAUCUCAUUCAGUGCAUUGAUUGCUUUAAGAUUUCUAUGCUGCAUUUCCAGUGUUGUAGAUGAUGAGAAAUGUUGUUAAAACUAGAGGAUUUCAGACUUGUUGAUUUGAUUGAGUUGUGUUGAAUGUUUUAAUUAAAUAUUUCCACAUUAAAGCAUGGACUUCCUGA